AUGACGAUCCCCAAAGCUCCGAAAGCUGGUAGAGAAUUAGCUUCUCAAUCUCCUGGGUACCGCAUACCCGAUGAUCGUCUGGCCGCCCGCAUACACCGUCGCGCCGCCUACUCCGGCCACUACUCGCCCCAUGAUGAAAACCCCGGAGUUCGGCGCGAUGGCGCAGAUCGUGGAGCCGAUCUCGAAGGUGAUCAGCCCGAUGAGGAAGAUGGCUUUGAUGGGGAAGAGCGAGUAGAGCUUCCCGAAUGUGGGUUGGAGGGCCAUGAGCGGGAGGAGGUAGGCGGAGGAGUACCAGCCUAUGUCGGCGAUGGAGCCGAAGUGCGCGGUUAUGGAGGGGACGGCGGUGGCUGGAUGGGUGUUAGCGAGGAGGGGAAUUGGGUGUGUAUGGGGAACGAACCGAUGAUUGUGGUGUCGAGGGCUAUGAUGAAGACGCCUAGCAUGAGGGAGAUGGUGAGGAGGGUUAGUCGGGUGCCGUGGACGUAUUGGUGUAUGACUGUGGGGGAAUCGCUUGGUAAAGCGUUCUGA